AUGGCAGAUCUGCGGCAGCUGAAGCGGCGCCUGGAAGCAGUGGGAGUUCUACCGCCAGGUAGCCACAAUGAUCAUGAACGCUGGCGGGACUGCCUCACCAAGCUUUGCAGCAAGUACCUGGGACCUGAGUCCCCGCAACCGAAAGAGGAUUCUGAAAAGCUUCCACUGCCUACAGAAGUUCAGCUUGCGGCGCUGCAAGUGCGGGUAGAGGAGCGACGGAAACGCGUUCUGGAUCUGGACUUGGACCUCAGCACCCUGAGCAAACGAGAGGAAAAGAUGAGAAGAGUUGCGGAGGACGACCCGCUUCUCCAAAAACGAUCUCGUGAAGACUUUGUCCAGUGCCUGCGGCAAGUUCGGGGGCGUAUUGGUUCCAUCCAAGAAGAGGAGUUCAACGAUGGUUUGGAUUUGAGUGGCUUUGUGGAAAAACUGAAGGGGGUGCUUGAUGAAGUGACCUGA